AUGAGCUCCAACAGCACAGACCUUGGCCUGUACCUGACCGUCAGCUCCCCAGGAAUGGGCAUUGACGACCCAGACACCAACACUCUCCACAAGGACAUCUGGCAAGAGCUAACCAGCCCCGAUGACAAUGACUCCAUCAGUGGCCUCUUCAAUUUUACAGGGUCGCACAACGAGACAGUGACCUCUCUGACCUAUGACCCUCUUGGGGGUCACACAGUGUGGCAGGUGGUCCUCAUUGUCUUUUUCACCGGCCUCCUGUCCCUGGUCACCAUAAUCGGCAACAUACUGGUGGUGGUAUCCUUCAAGGUAAACCGCCAGCUCAAGACUGUCAACAACUACUUCCUGCUCAGCCUGGCCGUGGCUGACCUCAUCAUCGGGGUCAUCUCCAUGAACCUUUACACCACCUACAUCAUCAUGGGCCAAUGGGCGCUAGGCAACUGGGCCUGUGAUCUGUGGCUGGCUAUUGACUAUGUGGCCAGUAACGCAUCCGUCAUGAACCUGCUGGUCAUCAGCUUUGACCGCUACUUCUCCAUCACCCGGCCACUCACCUACCGGGCCAAGCGGACCACACGGCGGGCUGGCUUGAUGAUCGGCAUGGCCUGGUUCGUGUCCCUGGUCCUGUGGGCCCCAGCCAUUCUAUUCUGGCAGUACUUUGCGGGGGAGCGCACAGUGCCCCCUGAUAAGUGCUACAUCCAGUUCCUCUCAGAGCCCAUCAUUACAUUCUGCACGGCUAUUGCUGCCUUUUACUUGCCUGUCACUAUUAUGAGUGUGCUCUACUGGCGUAUCUACAGGGAGACGCAGAACCGCGCACGGGAACUGGAGGGCCUGCAGGGCUCAGGGAGCCGAGGGAGGGGUGGAGAAAGGGCUCACUUCGUCCACCACCAGGCUGGGAGCGCCAGGAGCUGCAGCAGCUAUGAGCUAAGCCAAGUUUCCCAGAAGAAGAGCCCCAGCCAGGCGCUGGCCGCACGCUUCCACUGUUGGCCCAUGAUGUGCUCCUGGAGGCCUGGCAGCGCCCGGCCCAUAGAGGGGGAUGCUGACCACAGCAGCAGCGACAGCUGGAACAACAACAACGCCGGGCUGUCAGUGGACCACUCGGGCUCGUCUGAGGAUGAGGAGAGAAAUGGUAGAAGGAUGAUGCCCCAGGACCACACCAUCUUCUCCAUAGUGCUCAACCUGCCAGGGAUGAAGGCAGCCGUCAACUCCCACCUUACCUCCUGCGAGGACCUGGACAUAGCCUCAGAAGAGGACACCCUGAGAGGGGAGGAGGACAAUCGGGGCAGCCUCUCUACCAUCACCACCACCACCACUACUACCACCCCUGAUGGGGCCAACACAGACACCAACAGCUACCAACAACGCUUUUCCUCCCGGAUCUCCAGAGUCCAGUCCAUGCCUGCCAUCCAGGCCACCAGAGUGGGGCCACUCUCUGGCUCCCCUGCCACAACCACCAAAUCACCCUCGAUGCCGAUCUCCUUCAGAGAGGCAGCUCUAGCCAAGAGAUUUGCCUCCAGGGCACGGACACAGAUCACCAAGCGCAAGCGCAUGUCUCUGGUAAAGGAGAAGAAGGCGGCACAGACCCUCAGCGCCAUUCUGUUUGCCUUCAUCAUCACAUGGACACCCUACAACAUCAUGGUGCUGGUCAACACCUUCUGUAAUGGCUGCAUCCCCGAGGCUCUGUGGGCACUGGGAUACUGGCUGUGCUACGUCAACAGUACCGUCAACCCCAUGUGCUAUGCCCUGUGCAACAAGACCUUCCGUACCACCUUCAAGAUGAUACUGCUCUGCCACUGGGACCAGCGCAAGCGGCGGCGGAAGCAACAGUUCCAGGCACGGCAGUCCGUAGUGUUCCACAGGAGAAUUCCUAAAAACUCAACGUAGUGAGAUAUAGACCCAGUGGGAAUCGGGUGAUGAAGAUGAUGAGUCUAGAAUCUGACAGCUCAGUGGAUAGACGAGGCAUCCUAAAGAUUCUGUCUGUGGUGUUUAACUGCACAGAGAUUCACAAGGAGGCAGCCAUGUUGCUGCUGUGAUGGCUGAUGUUCUCUGUGUAGCCACAACCUCCCAAGUUACAUAUUCCUCUAUUUCUUCAGGAGAGCUCCUGUGGUGAAAGGUUCCUCUAGAUUGAUCAUUGCAGAGAAGUGCAGCUAAAAAGACUGACAGUGAAAACCAAUAGAGCAAGGGCUUUAAAAGCAUUGGGCGGACAAUUCAAAGUGCAAUUGAUACCUAGGGAGAUUAUAGGAUGUAACAUUUCUAAUGGAUUUGGGGUUUUCCAUUUCUUACCAUUCAUUUUGUGGUAGUCAGAUCUGUAACGUACAGAGCAGUUUGGAUUUUCAAAGUCAACUGUAUCUGUACUGUAAUAUAGUAUAUAAAGCAAAGGCCAAAACAGUUUGUGUCAAUAGACUGCACUGUAUUGAUUUUGAGCUCCCUUUUGGCUAACUGAAUUUGAUUUAUUUGUUAUAUAUGUUUUUUUUUUACUCUGAUGUCUGUACAUUGCCUUCCACUUGGAUAUUGCUUUCUUAAGUCUUAGAAGAUGAGAGGAUUUAAAACAAAACAGUGUCCUAUUUAUGACGACCAGUUUUUCAAAGUUUUUGGUUGUUUUUGUAUAUACAUUGGUCUAUAGUUUUUCCUCUAUAGAUUCUGCGCCAGUCUGAAAAAAGUUCAUUUUGACAAUUCUACGGCACUUCAAUGAGCUGCUCGUGUUCAAUGUGAGUUGUUGUUUACAUGGUAGAGACAAUAAGUGAAUCAACUUAUUAAAUUG